CAAGAAGGCCUGAUAUGGAAGCAGUUGGAUCACCGCAAUAUCGUAGAGUUCAUCGGGGUGUCUGAUACGAAUCGACUUGGAAUUCACACAUAUCGCGAUCGACCUUGUCUUUGCCUAGUCAGCCAGUGGAUGCAUGGUGGAAAUAUGGUGGAUCACUUACGCGAAAAUCCAGAAGAGGAUCGGCUGCGACUGCUCGUUGACGUUGGGAUGGGCUUGAAUUAUCUGCACUCGCUCAGUAUUGCCCACGGGGAUCUGAAAGGUGUAAAUGUUCUUAUAGACCAGCGGGGCUGUGCAAUGCUCGCGGACUUCGGGUUAACUAGGACGGCAUACGACGCCAACCUGAAUAUUGUCAGCCACGUCUUAUCAAGUUCCGAAAUGGCGGGGACAUGGAAAUGGAUGGCUCCCGAAAUUUUGUGGCCGACUGACCACGGCUGUCAGCGAUCAGCUUAUACCAUUCAGAGCGACAUCUAUGCCCUGGGCAUGGUAAUGUACGAGGUGUUCUCUGGCAGAGUACCAUUUGAAGGAUUGCGGGAUACCGCGGCUAUUCUCAAGGUCUACAAGCGCGAACGGCCGUCCAGACCUGAUGAUGAAACAGCAGUCGCGUUAACCGACUAUCUCUGGGCGGUUGUGGAAAGGUGCUGGCACCAAGAUAGGGAGAGGCGUCCA